CCAGAAAGGGAACAGUCAUUCAAGAAAUGGCAUGCUGAAGUGCCACGGGGCCACGGAAGAUCUCUGGAUACCGGAUCAGACACAGCUGCCCCCCGGCUGCUAUUUUCACUCAGCUUAAAGCACCAUGGGCAGCCAGCAUCUACGCCAUGGACUAAUGACAACAACAAGUCUGUCUCUGCACGCCAUGAAGUCCACCACAGGGGAGCACGAGCAUCCUGCACACGAUACCUUGAGCUUGCCCUCGGACCCUGACGAGCUGGACAGUGGCAGUGAAAGCUCAGAGAAAUCCACCGGAGCUGGGAGCCCCAUGCAGGGCCACAGGGAGGCGGGGAGACGCAGAGGGGGUCGUAGACUCGCAGGGGUGAGCAAACAACGACAGGCAGCUAACGCUCGGGAGCGAGACCGCACACACAGCGUCAACACUGCCUUCACGGCUCUGCGUACCCUGAUCCCCACGGAGCCGGCCGACAGGAAGUUGUCAAAAAUCGAGACCCUGCGAUUGGCAUCGAGCUACAUUUCACACUUGGCCAAUGUACUUCUGCUAGGGGAGGACUGCAGGGAUGGGCAACCAUGUCUGAAAUAUCACAACAUCUUACAAAGCAACUCCAACCUCAAAACUCCACCAGUCCGCCCCAUCUGUACCUUCUGCUUGAGUAACCAAAGGAAAAUGCUUAGAGACGGGGAAAAGCACACAACUGCGUGACAGCAGAAGUUCUCCCAAGUGACGCUGCUACAUACGAGCUCUCAACUUCUGAAUGUUUACAUGUAAAGAGACAUUGCCUUGCACAGAGACAAAACAAUUUUUUUUUUUAAUCUCCGAGGACAGACAAAACAAUCAACAUGAAAAGAGACGAAUCUGCACUUUUUCUGCAUGCGUGUUCACCUUAUCAACUGUGUUUUGGUUAAUGCAACCUUAGAAUAUGUGUAAAGUUGCAACUGGUGGGAAGCUAUUUCAGUAUCAGAUAUAGUAAGCUACACCAUCCCUCGCCAUAAAAAAACUGUGUUGUGUCGGCCUCUUGCACGUCACAUGAUGGUAACUGAAACCCUACGGUUUGCAGUGGUCGCUGUCAGUACAACGGUGGGCAAAAAUCUCAUCCCCUCCCUCUUGUCUCCACAUCUAAGCCAGGACCACGAUCCCAACAUGGCUCUCGGGAGACUGUAAACAAGAUUCUAACCUCAGCAUGAUAAUUUGGGUUGGGCAAAGCAUGCUAAAUAUUUAUCAGAAAGUUCAAGAGGCACAUGACUGAAUGUUUUAGUUGAAAGUAUUUCAUAAGAGCAUAAUCUUUCUUGUCUUGGGAACUGGUGUUGGUCAAGGUACAUGAUCCCUAACACGGGACCUGGGUUAUGACCCUGAUCCCAAUUGUUAUGUAGCCUUGUCUCGAAUGCUACCCUAAAUCCUUUGAGGUUAUGAGAUAAUGUCGUGAAGACUGUUGAGUAGCAGUGAUCACCAAGGCAGGUUCAGGAAGAAGGAACAUCGAGGUCACACCGUAACAAAGGGCAUGCUUGUGCUUCUAAAUCAAAAAAAUGGCAAAUUCAGUUUUGUACAUUUCAAUGAAAUUGCACGAAGGAAGGCCAUUUGAGCAUAAGUUUAACUCACGAGCACCUAGGUCAAGGCAGAAGCUUACUGCAUUGCAUGCAUUUCAAUAAUUGUUGUGGUCGAUGUUAGAGUACAGACUUGAUGCGUCAAUUCUGCAAUAAUUUGCAAUAUGCAAUCGUCUAUACUAUAUCAUAGACAUACUAUAUACAUACGAAAUUGAUUCAUAUGUCAAAAUGUUUUUUUUGUCUACUGAUUUGCACCAAAUGAAAAAUAUAUAUUUACGAGAGUGGUCUUCUGAAAAAUUAGUAGCUGCAAGUUUCAUCUGGGAAUUUCACUGCCUAUUGCUAAUUGCCGCUCUCUUGCUUUUUAUAAAAAGUGUGCAUGAAUUAAUGAAAGGCCAAUUUGAUUUGGAAAAAUGUGUCAGAAUGUAUCCCACAAGUUGGCACGUUUUAAAUUGACCGUCUAGGGGCAGGUUAGGUCUUGUAGCAUGCGCUACGUUCAGGUACACCACUGAAACCAUCAACUACUGAACCUUUUAUGUUGUUUACAUUAAGAAUGACAAUUUUGAGCUUAACAGUUACUGUGAUUAGAAUUUAUUUUCAGAUACUGCAUCUUUGAUGUGACGUUUGAAGGUAGAAUUAUUUCAGGUGAAAGCAUCAGGAUGCAUCAACCAGUCGUUUCUAUCCAAAAUGUUUACUUGCGUGUCUUGCACAAAUCAAAACUUCAGCUUGUAGGUUUGUCUAAAUCUGGUGAACGACGGUUGUCGUUAUAUGGUUAUAUAUAUAUAAAAAAAAAAAAAAGUGCAAUGUACUGGAAAUAUAGUAUUCCAGUAAGGCUUUUGUAAAUAUUUUCACUUUUAUUAACCAAUAAAAAAAUAGGUCAAAAUGCAUUAUACCAACAAUAUGGCCUACCUUUAAAAAUCUUAAACCCUAGCAUGUCGUAUUCUAAUACUUGAAUUGUCCGCUCUUUUAAAAGUGGUCCUUUGCACAUGCCACACAUCAAUUGAGCUGCUAAUUAAUGAGAAAGUAUUUUUUUGUACAAGAAAAACAUCUGUACUCAUGACUUUUUCAAACAAUAAAAUUAUUUUUGAAAA